AUGCUUUGGAUCCAGUCUUGUACAGAUGGACAAGAUCCUCAGCAGAGGACACAGGACCAAUUCAGGCUGAAGUCUGUUAAUUUUACCUUACCAGAAGCUCCAACCAUCGAGACUUCACAUGAGCGGUGCCAGGACAUACCUCAGAUUUCACAGCAACCACAAACUUCAUACUUCUCCUCAUGUGGAUAUAUACCCAAAGUUCAAGUUUCUUAUAAAACCCCUCCUGGCCAGAUCCCCCGCAGCUUAGUUAUAGAGAGACUUCGAAGGGAAUACUUGAAAUUCGAUUUAGAAGAGCUCCUGUCAAAAAAAGGAAUCAACCCUAAGAUCCUAAUGCCAAGACUUCUGGAAAAAAGUGAUGAACCUGUAACCACACCAGACUGUCUGGGGUCAGCCUAUUUCCCACUCGAGCUUUUUGACAAUGAGGAUUAUGACUGCCGGACACCAGAAGACUGGCUUUCCUUGGGCAAUGAAGAUGGAUCACAGGAUCAAAAACCUAUUCCUGCAAGAGCCCUGCUGCCUAAAGAUGACGAUGAUGUUUCUUCAGAUGAUUUAAGAAGCCGGCAUCUCGAAUACAGCUGGCAUUUGGUUGGGGUUCUUGACUACAACAAGGAAAAAUGUGAAUACCUUGUACAGAAAGUUCAUCAAGACAGCAGACCGCUGGAUGAGGAAGGAAAUCCUCCCAAAAAAGAAAAUCGCAGGAAAAAAAUAAACUACCUGCGAGGAGGCACUCAGCACUGGGUACCCAGGAUCAGAUUGUUUUUCAAGGCUGAGGACCCACGUGUCUUUGUUGAGCGAAUUGCUUUUGCCCUACAUUUAAGGAAAGAUAUAGAGACUCGACUCGUGUACAGUGUGUCUGUGGACUGCAUGCCCAUCUGGCAGGGAAUGCCAUCUCUCAGUACUGAGAGUCUGCAGCGUAUUGAAAGACUUGCUCUAACACAUCCUGGCGUUGAACAGAAUAUUAAGGAAAAGUGUGUAAGAGACUUGGUGAAAGAGGUCAAACUGGAAUAUGAUCGUACAAUGAACAGUAUGGUUUUUGACAAAGUAGUUGAGAGUUAUCCUGAAGAGUUUUCACACAUCACCCUGCCACAAAGAGACCCCCAGUAUGUACCGCAAAAUGGAUGUUCUGUAGUUCCUCACUAUACCUACAAAGAGAACCAAGAUGCAUUUGCCUCCAAGUCCUUGCAAAUCAAACCAGAGUUGAUCUCUGUGUUAUCUAAAAUAAUGUUUGAAUGCAGUGGAAUAGAAAACUUGAUGCUGUUCAAUGUGUCAAUGCUCGAACCACUUCGGCUGAAUGAGUUUGAAGUUGUCCAGUCUCAAGUUCAUACUCAGAUGACCCUCUACCUUAAACAGCAUUGGAUUAACAAACUCAGCAACAUCAUCUGCUCAACUCUGACUUCCCCCAACCAAAGCUCAUUCAAUGUGAACGAGUCAAGCCUGGAUGUGUACCAUUUUUCUGAGUUUCACAGAUUGAUGAAAGUGAUUCACUUAAGGAUGCAGGAUUCCUUACGCUACCUUGUGCAACGUUCACUCGUCAGCCUGAGUGAGUUGUUGCUGGAAGCAUGUCACAGUGUGCUGACAUGUCCUCAGGACCUGGUCUGGGGAAAUGACCUCAUCACAAGCCCCUACAAGCCAAAGAAGGUGCCCAUUUUUUGUGUGGACUUGGUUCUGGACCAGAAUGGAGUUUAUUAUAGCCCUCCUCUUGAGGAUUUUGAGACUUCAGUUAUUAACUUGGUCAGUAAUGCCAUUCCACAACGUGAAAAGUUUAUAACGAAGAAUUUGAUCUUUGAUGAGGAUUUGUUUCUGAAUUUGGUGGCUUUGUCUGAACCACAAGUGGCAGAGCUGAGACAGAAAAUCUGCAAUGCUCUGAUACAAGCAGCUGUACCCCUCAGGGCUUAUGCUAUUGAAUAUGAAAAACACUUAGAUCUACACAACCUGGAGAUUGAAACAUUUCUAAAGUCUCAUAGUGCAGAGCUAACACCCCAAGAAGUGAAAGAAGAGGUGAAGCAACAUCUUAAAGAAAAGGAAAAGCUUGAAUUCUCCUUACCAUCUUUUAUUGUGAUUGGACCAUUCUUUAUUUGUGUGGAGUCUCUACGCCAGUCUCUCACCAAGAAAAGAAAAGCUUUAAUUGAUGCAUUGCUAGAACACCUUGCACUAAGGCUGCGCAACCAGAUCGAAACUGCAUGUGAAAAGUUUAGCGUCUUAAGCAGAAAGCUAUCUGAGAAACCCAAUAGCAUUGAAGAACUCACUGGAAAAAGGAAAUGGAUGGAACAAAUUCCAGAACAGCUAAAAAGUUACAAGGAACUUCUUGCGAAGACCCUGCUCGAUUAUGAGGUAAUAGAAGAGUAUUGCUUCUGUCUUUCAAACGAGGAUUUUAACAAAAAGUGGACAGCUAUUUGGUGGCCUCAAAUAAUAAUCAACCAAAAGGAAGCAGUAACUAUUCAGCAUGAACAGGAUGAGGAGCGCUUUAAUAAGAUCCAAAUAAAUGAUAAUCACAACUUUGAGGAGCAACUAAACACACUGCAGCAUAUUAUUGCUGCAUUUGCUGGAUAUGCAGACAUUGAGCUUGCUCAUGAAAUGAGCAUCAAGGUGCAGCGCAUAGCAAGACAACUUGAGCAGUGCCAGACUAUGGCUCAAGUUUACACCACCAGGGAACAUCUGCUUGGUUUACCUGUCACAAAUUAUGAUAAUCUGCAGAAGAUGGCAAAUGACUUCAAGCAUUUUAAGGAGCUCUGGACCACCAUCUCUGAUUGGCUGCAUUGGAAUGAACGCUGGCUCAGUGACCCCCUCUCUUCCAUCAACCCUGAGCAGCUUCAGCGCAUCAUGACCAAAGCCAAAGAGACCAUGAACACAUGUACUAAACAGUUUAAAUACCUUCCUGAUAUCCAAAGGUUGGCGACUAUAAUGCAGAGCAAGAUAGAAGACUUCCGCCCAUUUUUUCUAGUAAUUCAAUUCCUGAGGAACCCGAGUAUGAAAAUUCGUCAUUGGGAGAUUGUUUCAAAGCGCAUUAACAUUAAAGUCACACCCAAAGCCAACUCCAAUCUUACUCGCUACUUGGAGCUUGGCUUACAGAACUACACUGAUGAAAUAGACUCUGUGGCUAAGAUUGCUCAGAAAGAAUACAGCAUUGAACAGGUGCUGGACAAGAUGGAACAGGACUGGUCAACAGUAGUCUUUGAUUUGCUUCCAUAUAACGACAUGGGGACAUUUACUCUGAAAUGGCCAGAUGAAACACUCCAGUUGCUGGAUGACCACCUUGUCACAAUUCAAAACAUGUCUUUGUCCCCCUACAAAAAACCUUUUGAGAGCCACAUCAAUGCCUGGGAAAGAAAACUGCGAAUGACUCAAGAUGCGUUGGAAGAAUUGUUGGUGUGCCAGCGUGGUUGGCUAAAACUGGAGCUCAUCUUCUGCUCUGAUGACAUCAAUCAGCAGCUGCCUGUUGAAGGAAAUAUAUACAAGCAGUUUGUGCAACAAUGGAAAAUUAUCCUGAAAUAUACGGUCGAAAAUAGCAAGGUUAUUGAACUUUGUCAACAUUCCAGUCUAUUAGAGGAACUUAUGACGUGCAGAAAGUUUUUGGAAACAAUUUACAAAGGUCUCAGUGAGUACUUGGAGAAAAAAAGAGUCUCUUUUCCAAGGCUUUUCUUCCUCUCCGAUGUUGAGCUUUUGGAGUUUUUGUUCCAUACCAAAGAUCCUACUGCUGUUCACUCACACCUGCACAAAUGUUUUGAGAACAUUGCAGAGCUUCAAUUUCAGCCAGACCUACUGAUCACACACAUGUGCUCUGGAGAAGGGGAGGAGGUAAAACUAUUCCUGCCAGUGUGGCCAAAUGGGAAUGUGGAGGACUGGCUUACAGACUUGGAAAAGUCAAUGCAAGCCACUUUGAGGGAUAACAUUGAUCAGUCUCUUAAAGGCUACUCAGAAAAACCUCAUGUAGAGUGGGUGAUAUCAUGGCCUGGUCAAGUGGUGAUAGUUGGCUCUCAGGUUUUCUGGACUGCUGAGGUGUCUAAGGCUUUGGUACAAGGAGACCUGGCUAAUCAUCUUUAUCCCAAACUACAGACUCAGCUUGAGGACAUUGUGCAGCUGAUGAGAGGACAACUCUCUAGAACACAACAGGCUGUGCUCUCUUCCCUCAUUGUGACUGAGGUUUAUGCUAAAGAUGUAGUUGCAAAACUGGUGGAGCAGAAAGUUUCCAGUGUCAAUGACUUUGAAUGGGUUACCCAACUCAAAUAUUAUUGGAAUAAUGAAGACUUGUAUAUUCAUGCACUGACUGCAGAGUUAUUGUAUGGAUAUGAAUAUCUUGGUAACUCUGGUCGUCUGGUUAUCACCCCACUCACUAACAGAUGCUACCUAACUCUGACAGCUGGUCUAAACCUAAAGUUUGGGGGUGCACUUGCAGGCCCAUCAGGGACAGGAAAGACAGAAACUAUUAAAGAUCUUGGGAAGGCUUUGGCCAUGCACACAGUAGUUUUCAACUGCUCGGAUCGUCUUGAUUCCAGCUUAGUGGGGAAGUUUCUCAAAGGACUGGCCAGCUCAGGCGCCUGGGUUUGCUUUAACAGUAUUGCUCAAAUUGAUGUGGAAGUCUUGUCUGUCAUGGCACAGCAGAUCUUCUCAAUUCAAAAGGCCCAGCAGCAACAGGCUGUGCGUUUUGUAUUUGAGGGAGUGGAGAUCCCCUUAAACCCUUCUUGUGCCGUGUUCAUCACCAUGAAUCCUGAUUUCACUGGUUGCGUUAAAAUGCCUGACAAUCUCAAGACCUUGUUCCGUCCUGUUGCCAUGAUGAUUCCUGACUCUGCGAUGAUAGCUGAGAUCUCCUUGUUCUCAUUAGGCUUCAGUAACGUCAAAGUCCUCGCCAAGAAAAUUGCUGCAAUUUUAAGGCUCGCCUCUGAACAACUUAGCUUUCAGGACCAUUAUGAUUUCAGCAUCAAAACUGUGAAAAUGGUGAUCGCAGUUGCUGGAAACUUAAGGAGAGAACAUCCAAACUUGAAAGAAGAGUUGAUCUGUCUUCAGGCAAUUCAUAAAGUCAGUGUCCCCAGGUUUUUACAGGAUGACCUGAAACUCUUCAAUGACAUUUUGUAUGAUUUUUUUCCUAAAACAAAACUCAAUCCCAUCAAUAAUGACUUGCUUAUAAAAUCUCUGCAUAAUGUCUGCAACUCAAAGAACCUCAAGGAUGUGGAAGGGUUUAUAAAUAAGUGUAUUCAGCUGUAUGAAACUAGUGUCAUGAGACAUGGCCUGAUGUUGGUGGGACCUCCUGGAUCAGGAAAAACAAAGUGCUACGAGGUACUUGGUGCAGCACUAACAGCUCUGAAGGGCCAGCCUUCUGUGAGAAGUGAUGUUUAUGAAGCUGUUCGGAUUUAUGUCCUCAAUCCAAAGUCUCUCACAGUGCGACAGCUUUAUGGGGACUAUGAUGUUCAAACACAUCAAUGGACAGAGGGUGUCCUCUCAGCCCUUAUACGUGAAGGAACAGCAUCUGUAGACAAAACGAAGAGGUGGUAUAUGUUUGAUGGGCCUGUAGAUCCUGUGUGGAUUGAGGACAUGAACUCUGUGCUGGAUGACAACAAAAAAUUGUGCCUUCCCUCGGGGGAAAUCAUCAAGCUUACAGACGAGAUGACGGUGAUGUUUGAGGUGGAGGACUUGGCGAUGGCAUCUCCAGCUACAGUGUCCUGUUGCGGUGUAGUUUACUUAGAGGCCAGUACUUUGGGUCUCGCAGCUUUGACCGAGUGUUGGCUGAACCAGGUCCCUGAGGCCCUGAAACCAUACACAGAGCAACUGAACAGCCUGUUUACCAGGUUCCUACAGAACUCUAUCACAUUUGUGCACACAUCAGUGAAGGAAGUUAUCCCAUCUUUGGACAGCAACCUAAUCAGUAGUCUGCUUAAACUUAUGGAGUGCUUUUUUUGUUCUUACACCAUUAAAGAGGGUGAGAUUCAACCACCUCAAAAGGAACUGGAUCAUCUUAAGGAGCUGAUAGAACCCUGGUUCUUUUUUUCACUGGUGUGGAGCGUUGGGGCCACAGGAGAUGCAGCAAGCCGCCAGCAAUUUAGUGCCUGGCUCAAAAACAAGAUGGCAGAAGAACAGGUUAAGUUAUGUUUUCCAGAGGAAGGCCUAGUGUAUGAUUACAGGCUUGAUGAUGCAGGGAUCACUAAUAUGGAGGAUAAUAAAGAGGAUGAAACACAAAUACAGUGGGUCAGCUGGAUGAAGAAUACAGAAAGUUUUACCAUGCCUCCAAAAAGAAAUAUUACAGACAUAUUUGUUCCAACUGCUGACACAGUGAGAAUGUCUUUCCUAAUGGAUUUACUUUUGACCAAUAAGAAACCUAUGCUUUGUGUUGGGCCGAUUGGAGCAGGAAAGACAUGUACUAUCUCAGACAAGUUGUUGAGGAACAUGCCUGCCGAAUACAUCACACAUGUUCUCAUGUUCUCUGCCUGCAUGUCAGCCAGUCAAGUUCAAGAUUACUUUGAGAGCAAAUUAAACAAAAGGCGGAAAGGUGUGCUUGGACCUCCUCUGGGGAAGCACUUUGUCUUUUUCAUUGACGAUCUAAACACACCUGUGUUAGAAACCGAUGGUGCUCAGCCUUCUGUGGAACUGCUGAGGCAAUGGAUGGACCAUAAAGGCUGGUAUGACAGGAAGCAAACAGGGACUUUCAAUCACCUAGUGGACAUAAAUUUUGCUUGCGUCAUGGGAACCUCCGGAGGAGUCAAAAACACCAUUACUCAGCGCUUCACCCGCCAUUUUAACAUCCUUUCAUUUACUGAUAUGGAGGACACUAGCAAAAAAACAAUUUUUUCAACUAUUCUUGGAAGUUGUAUGGAACUUGUGCCAGCACUCCAGCCACUGAAAGUGUCACUUGUUGAUGCCACUAUACAAACCUACAACAGCAUUAUCUCACAUCUUUUACCAACUCCAGCCAAGUGCCAUUACACCUUUAACCUCAAAACCCUCUGUAAGGUUUUCCAGGGCAUCCUCAUGGCUGAGACUUGCAUGAUAAAGGAUAAGUCAGAGCUGCUGCGGCUGUGGUACCAUGAAAACUGCCGGGUUUUCCAGGAUAGGCUGGUGUGUGCAGAGGAUAGAGACUGGUUUAACGGGAUCCUCAAAGACCGCAUUCAAGAGUUUGGCUGUUCCUUUGAAGAAGUUAUUCCCUGCCAUCCUGUUUUGUACGGAGAUUUCACAUAUCCUGAACCUGACCUCAAAAUCUAUGCAUACAUAGAAGACAAAGAAAAUCUGGUAAAGGUUUUGAAGAAAUACUUGGAAAAAUACAAUCAGGGUAGCAGGACCAAGAUGCAACUGGUGCUUUUCAUGGAAGCCAUUGAACACGUGUGCCGGAUCAGACGGGUCUUGCAGCAGCCUCAAGGCAAUGCCUUGUUGCUUGGAGUGAGUGGCAGUGGGCGCCAGUCACUCACUAAACUUGCUUCAUACAUGGCUGGAUAUAGGUGUUUCCAGAUUGAGUCGUCUUCAAACUACGGUCAAACCAAGUGGAGAAAGAAUAUUAAAGAUAUCCUGCUCAGUGCUGGUCUUCAGGACCAGAAGAUCACCUUCCUCUUUGAUGAAACACAGAUUAAGACUGAGUCAUUUCUGGAGGAUAUAAAUCACAUUUUGCUGAGCGGAGGUGUUCCCAGCCUGUAUUCAGUAGAUGAACAGGAGCAGAUUUUUGCAGCAAUGAGGACAGUAGCACAGCAUGAGGGCCAACAGACAACAGAAACAAGUCUUAUGGCUGCAUAUACCAGGAGAGUCCACAGCAAUCUUCAUAUUGUACUCUGCAUGAGCCCUAAUGGGGAAACAUUUCGUGCACGGCUGAGACAAUUUCCUUCACUGGUAACAUGUUGUACAAUUGACUGGUUCAGUGUCUGGUCAGAGGAGGCUCUGCUAGCUGUGGCUACUUCAUUUUUAACUGAACUGCCUGAGCAGGCAGCCAGUCCCAGGACCAUGACUACACUGACACUGGCGUGUGUGAAAAUUCACCUAACAGUGGCUAAGAAGAGUGAGCAAUUCCAAGCAGAGCUAUCUCGACAUAACUACGUCACUCCCUGGAGCUACAAAGAAUUUCUCAAAGUUUUCUCAGAUCUCAUUGGUCACAAAAAACAGAAGCUUUGCAGUGCUUCUCAGAACCUUAAAACUGCUCUCAAUAAGCUUUUUAGCACAACUGAGAAAGUGAGUAAGAUGAAAGAGGAGCAAGAGAAGUUGAGAACCACUUUGGAGAAGGCUGCUAAGGAUGUUGAAGAAACCAUGAAGACAAUUCAAAUACAGGAAAUGCAGCAACCUCCCCAUGAGGUAAAGCUUGUGCUUGAGGCACUUUGCAUUUUGAAGGGCAUUGAACCAACUAAAGUACCUGGAGAGAAGCCUGGCACCAGCUUUAAUGAUUACUUGGAGCCUGCGAAGGAUCUUUUAAAAGAUCCUAGGAAAUUUUUGGAGAGCCUCAAAAAGUAUGAUAAGGACAAGAUACCAGAUGAUGUAAUCAGUUCAGUCCAGCCCUAUAUUGACAAUGAAGAAUUUCAGCCAACCUCUAUAGCCAAGGUUUCCAAAGUCUGCAGCUCCAUUUGUCAGUGGGUGCGAGCUAUGCACUCAUAUCACUUUGUGGUCAAAGCUGUGAAUCCAAAACAACAAACAAUUCAGGAAGCCCAAAAAGACAUAAAAGCCAACCAACAGAUGCUUGAUGAUGCCAAAAAAUCACUAAAGGAUGCAAAAAGCAGCACUGCCCAUUUACAGACCAAGUUGCAGGACUGCCAGGCUAAGAAGGAAGAGCUGGACAAGAAGUAUCAACUGUUAGAGGCUCGCCUCUUCAAAGCAAACAGGUUGAUCGAUGGACUGGCUAAGGAAGAAGUGUGUUGGAGGGAAACAGUACAACGUCUUGACUCUAGGAUUAAUAAUUUAGCUGGAGAUGUGCUUCUGUCUGCAGGAUAUGUGGCAUACCUGGGACCCUUCACUGAAAUUUAUCGGGCAUCCAUGGCAGAAGAGUGGCUGAAGUGUUUCAAAGAGCUGAGUCUUCCACAUACUGAUGAGCCAAACCUGAUUAAUACUGUGGGAGAUUCAAACAAGAUCCUCUUUUGGCAGAUAUCAGGACUGGCCAAAGAUAGACCGUCAGUGGAGAGUGGUCUUAUUGCUCAGUAUUCUUUGCGCUGGCCUCUGUUCCUAGAUCCUCAAGGACAAGCCAACAAAUGGAUCAAAAAAAUGGAGCAGGACAAUGGGUUGAUUGUUUUGAAGCCCAGUAAUCAAGACUACCUCCGCUGUCUUGAGGAUGCCAUUUUCUUUGGUAAACCCGUCCUUUUGGAAAAUGUAGGAGAGGAGCUAGAUCCAUCUCUACAGCCUGUCUUGUUUCAACAGACGUUUAAGCAGCAAGGCCAAACAGUUCUGAUGUUGUGUGAGUCAGUCAUCUCCUACCAUGAAGGCUUCAAGAUGUACAUCACCACCAAGCUGCCAAACCCACACUACUCUCCAGAGGUUUAUGGAAAAGUUACAGUCAUUAACUUCACCUUGUCAAAGAGCAGUUUGGAAGAGCAGCUGUUGAGUCAAGUGCUAGCUAAGGAGCAUCCAGACCUGGAGGAGGCAAAGAACAAGCUAAUUCUCAGCCAUGCCCAGAUGAAACAGGUGCUGAAAGAAACUGAGGACAAGAUUGUGUCUUGUCUCAACUCUGGAAAGGGAAACCCCAUAGACUCUGAAGAUCAGAUUUCUGUGUUGGAGGAUCUUAAGAUCAAAGCUGGAGAGAUUAAGGCUAAAGUGAUAGAAGCAGAGAAGACAAAGCAGGACAUUGACACCACUCGUCUGGAAUAUAUGCCGGUGGCAGCGAACGCACAAAUUCUCUUCCUUUGUGUGUCAGAGCUGUCCAACACUGAUCCAACGUACCAGUACUCUCUAGAAUGGUUCCUUGGUAUUUUCAUGGCUGCUGUGGCCAACUCUGACACAGCAGAAACAAAAGAGAAGAGAAUCACCAACAUAAAUGAGUUUUUCACCUUUAGUCUGUUCAGCAACGUGUGCCGCAGCCUGUUUGAAAAACACAAACUCAUGUUUGCCUUUCUUCUGUGUGCUCUCAUCACGAUGAACAAAAACAAGAUUGACAUGGCUGAGUGGAGAUACCUGCUCGCUGGAGCCACGUCUGUUCAAGCCCUGACCAACCCAGGAGCGAGCUGGCUGUCAGAGCACACCUGGCAGGACAUUUUAGGCCUCAGCACUCUGGACAUCUUCAGCAGCCUGGCAGAGAGCUUCACCAAACAUCUGCAGGGCUUCAAGACAAUUUUAGACAGCAAGCACCCUCACAGAGAGCCUCUCCCAGGAGAAUGGGACACCAGGCUGAGCUCAUUCCAGAAGCUGUUGUUGCUUCGCUGUCUGCGGCCUGACUGCCUGAUUCAGGGCCUGCAGGACUUUGUGUCUGCUCAGCUGGGACAGCGCUACAUAGAGCCUCAGAUUCCAGAUUUGUCUGUGAUCUUUAAGGAGUCAUCCCCCAUCAGUCCCAUCAUUUUUGUCCUGUCCUCUGGCUCUGACCCUACUGCUGACAUCUACAAGUUUGCUGAAGCCAUGCAGUUCUCUGACAAAAUAGUUACCAUCUCUCUAGGACAAGGCCAGGGCCCCUUGGCCGAGGCUGUAAUGUGUACUGCAAUGGAAAGAGGUCAGUGGGUUUUAUUUCAGAACUGUCACCUGGCACCCAGCUGGAUGCCAACCCUCGAGAGACUCAUUGAAAUGGUUGACCCAGUUAAGGUGCACAAAGACUUCCGCCUGUGGCUCACAACUUUUCCCAGUAGCAAGUUUCCAGUGUCCAUUCUCAAGAGUGGUACCAGGAUUACCAGUGAGCUGCCAAGUGGCAUCAGAGCGCGCCUACAAAGAACCUACCUGAAAUUCACCAAUGAGUUUAUCUGCUCUUCAACCAAGAUGGCACACUUUAAGCCUUUGCUCCUGUCUCUCUGCUUGUUUCAUGGAGUUGUUUCGGAGCGAAGAAAGUUUGGCCCUUUGGGGUUUAAUGUUCCCUAUGAAUUCUCUGAUGAUGACCUGAACAUCUGUAUCAGCCAAACAAAAAUGUUCCUGAAUGAGUACCAGGACAUCCCCUUUAAGGUUCUCAAAUAUGCUGUUGGGGAGAUUAAUUAUGGUGGCCAUGUGACAGAUGACUGGGACAGACGAUGUCUGCUCAGUGUGCUGGAAGACUUCUGUUGUCCUGCUGUUCUCAGUGCUGAUCAUGUCUACUCAGCAUCUGGUGUCUACCGACAAAUAGACUCUAAUCUGGACAUCAAGGGUUGUUUAGCAUAUGUCCAUGGUUUGCCCAUCAAUGAUACAGCUGAGAUCUUUGGUUUCCAUGACAACGCUAACAUCCCCUUUGGCCAGAAUGAGGCCUUUGCCCUGUUAAAAGCUGUAGCUUGUCUCCAGCCUCGAGUUUCCCGUUCAUCUGCUGAAGGCAAACCAUUUGCAGAGACGGUGGAGGAGAUUGUGGUAGGCAUCGCUGAACAAGUCCCUCAGCCUUUCAGUGUCCAAGAGGUGACUGAAAAGUAUCCGGUUCUCUAUGAGGAGUCCAUGAAUGCACUGCUCAUCCAUGAGGUCAUCAGAUACAACAAGUUGCUGGCAGUCGUCUCUCAGAGUCUCUGUGAUGUGAUGAAGGCUCUGAAGGGUUCAGCAGUGAUGUCAUCAGAACUGGAGCGUACGAUCCACAGUUUGUUCAACAACAGGGUGCCUGAUGUGUGGACAGCCAAGGCCUACCUGUCUUUGAAACCUCUGGGUUCCUGGGUUUCAGAUCUUCUUCAGAGGAUCAGUUUCCUGCAGAGAUGGAUCUCCAGUGGCCCUCCGCCUGUUUUCUGGAUUAGUGGAUUAUUUUUCCCCCAGGCAUUUCUCACUGGAACCCUUCAGAAUUACGCCCGGCGCGCUGGCUACUCUGUUGACACAGUUGGAUUUGACUUUGAGGUGAUAGCGAAAUCAGUGUCAGAGAUAAGAGUCAUACCUCACACUGGCUGCUACAUUCAUGGUUUAUUCCUGGAAGGGGCUCGCUGGGACAGCAAGGCAGGUCAGCUCACAGAAUCCAAGCCCAAGGAACUCUACACACAAAUGGCUGUCAUCUGGCUGAUCCCCAAACACAACCGCACUCCUCCAACCUCCAGGGUCUACCUCUGUCCUGUCUACAAAACGCUCAGACGAGCCGGGACUUGGACGUCCACUGGUCAUUCCACCAACAAUGUGACUGCAGUGGAGCUGCCCACAGAUCGCAGUGAGAGUCACUGGAUCAAACGGGGGGUUGCGCUCAUCUGUGGACUGGAUUCCUGA